AUGCAUCAGAGCAUAACUGUGAAACCCUGUCAAAAUCUCAUCUUCAUACCAAAUGAGAUGCGUCAUCGUCAUGACAGUGAAGUUCGACAGAAGUUGACAUCCUCUCAACUCGUUCGCUUUUUGAGAUUGGGUGAACAGGAUUCAGUCAAAUAUAGACUGGAAACUACAGGGAGAUCAUGGAGUCUAAUGCAACAAAACACCAUGGCAAUAGCGUCUGUGGAUAUGAAGAUUUUACUGUUUAUAGCACAGGCCAAAGCUUUAGAGCGUGAGAACGUACUUUCUGAAGCUAAACCUUCUCACCAGAUAUUCCUCGAGAAAAACAGCAGUUGUGAUUUUUCAGCCUCCCGCUGGACGAUUGCCACAAGCAUGGAGCUAUGGGACACUGUGGAUUUUUCCCAUAUGAAUCCCUCCUUGCCAAAGCCGCCUCCCCCCAAAAUGAUGGAUUUUCUUUGCCACAACAGUAGAUACCCCCACACACUGAUGAAUGCCAAUGAAGAUGUUAAUGAUGUUAAUGUCAAAAUCCCAGAGUUCCAGAUUUGUAAAUUCGAGGAGAUGCCAGUUGUCAUCACUCGCAUUGUGAACCCAGACAAGUUCUUCAUCCAGCACGAGGACACAAAUCUUUCUGAAAUGUCUGAAGUCCUGCUUAAGGAAAGCAGCAGCAGCAAAUCCUUUGCGGAAAGGAAGCGCAUCCUAGAUAUUGGCGCAUACGUCAUGGCAUGGUUUCCCAAACAAAAGCUAUGGUGUCGUGUCCAGGUUUGCAAGAUAAGCGACACAUGCACAGCCACCAGCCAGAAAGAUUUCGCAGACAUUAAGGUGGAGGUCAGGAGGAUUGACUACGGAGAUGUUGCUUGCGUCUCUCUUGGAAACAUUAAGGAAUUGUGUGGAGAACUUGCUUCAAGACCAGUGCAAACUCUUCAGGUGUCAUUGGCAAAUGUGAGGCCAGUAAAUGGUGAAAACUGGUCAUCUGAAGCAAUCAGCUGGUUUAAAAGUAAAGUAAAGAAGAAGACUUUAUACGCCAGGCUUUACCUUGAAAGAGGCAACGUUUUGGUUGAGCUCUUCAUGGAGAAGGGAAAGAUUGGUGCUAUGAGGAGAGGUGACUCGUUGUCUGUGAAACUUGCUCAGCAUGGAUAUGCCAAACACGAACACCAAAGGUUCAUGGUGUUGAGAAGUCAUGUUCAACAUAAAACAAGACAGCAGUCUUUGGAGUGGGAGAAGUAUCUUUUGUCCUGUUACUGUCAAAACAAAAAAUAAUGUCACAUGAUUAAAGAUCUCCGGUAUGGAAGAAACGGCACCCGUGGAUCUCUUCACAACUCUGAAAUGCAAGAAAUCGAAAUAGGAGCAAUGUUCAUCUGGAUGUCUGGAUUUUUGCUUAUGCUCUAUGCGUUAUUGUUCUGAUGUUACUGAGCUGUUUUGCUGUGUAAAAUUGACGUUGAUUCUCUUUAAGCAAAUAAAGCAUUUUUUUCAUUGCUAUUUGCAAAAUA